CAUGUAGCAUUGCGAGCUCUGUCAGUUUUCCUAUUUUCGCGAGUGAGCGAAGGUCGUUGGAGGCCGUUCGGAGUUCUUCUGGCGUUUAGUACCGUAUUAGUGUGAGCAGAGGCUGAAAAAAAGCAACAUUCUGCUGUUCCAAUCGGAAAAGCGCAAAGAUUGAGGGGGCUGCUUCCAGUCAGUGAUUGCAAAUCGCAGUGCGGGUGUGAGCGUUUCCGGUGCGAAAAUUUAGUGCAAAAAUGCAUGAAGGUUCAAUUUAUAAGUGAAAAGUGCAUCUCAGUGGGAAGGUGAAAGCUUUACAGCAGUGCUACAAUUGAUAGAACGCCGCAGGAUCCCGAGAGCAGCAAACAUUUAUGUAAGGAUACAGCAGGUGGAGGAUGUGAGACGAGAAUUGUGUUCCGGAUAGAACAUCUGCAGUGAGGUCAAUUCUGCACACAAGAGAGGAAAAAAAAGUGCACAAUUACUGAGCUCGGCACCUGGCAGAAUUGCGUGGAUAUGAAUAAUUCAGAAAGAUGAACAAAUGAAGUCAUUGUCCAGAAUAUAUAGUCUACAGCAGCAUCAGACGUCCAUUCCAAAUGCAAUAUCCGGUAAUCAAUUAAGUUGAAAGAACCGGGAAAAUCAAUUACCGGGAAAUUGAUGUGAAAGCUCCAUUCGGCAGUGUUACGCGAGCUUCCUUCAUUCUACAUUCCAGUAUUAGUGGAGAUAUAUAAGCGUCGAAAAGCGAUUGCACAUAGAUAGCGUCAGUAAAAGUGUUGAUCUUCCUGCAUGUUUUAUUCCGUCAAUAGCAAUAUAAAUUGCACCAAGAGGUUCCGGUGCAAUUGAGUUUAAGUAUAAUCGGUAGCUGCGCUUCUGAAGAGCAAUCCACGGAGCUAAAAUGUGUGUGUUCAUGCAAUAAAUAGUGCAGUAGUAGUUUCAAAUGUGGCAGCAGCACUAAAAGUCGUUAAAGUUUAUUGUGUCCGUCGAUAUAGUAAUCGAAAAUUUCUCUCGAAAAAAAAAGUGAGCUCGAGGUCAUAAGUGAUAAACAGCAGAAUGCCAUUCGGUCGGAAAUCGCCCUUGGAGGCGCUGGCCAUGCCAGGAGCCAUCAUCGCCUACAAAUACAGCCAGUAUCGUCAACGACGCCGUGAAGCAGCCAAUCGACGGGUCACCGAGCGGGAACUCUCAGCAUUGCACAACAAAAUUGAAAAAUUGCUCAGCAAAUUGGAGGAAAGUGAGCUGGAACCGCCCACAUCGCAGGAAGAUGAAUGCGUUAUCUGCAUCAACGCCCGGGCCACGAUGCAAACUUCCCCGUGUGGCCAUCGGGUUGUCUGCCGGCGGUGUUUCGUCAAAACGAUUCAGAGUGCAGUGGCCCAGCGGUUGCUGCCGUUACGAUGCGUCAUCUGUAGAGCUCGCAUCAACCGGCUGACAUCAGGGUCUACAUCAUGGCGGCUGCAGGGCUCAGCCAGUAGCUACUCCAUGGGCAGCAAAAGCUGGAGCGUUCCCGGUUCGGCGAGUUCGUACAGCGUGGAUGCUGCCCGGGUAACGCAAUCCGCCAGCCUCUACUCAAUGAGCUCCGGGUCGUCCUGCAUGUCGGGCAUCUCGAACAUUUCCAGCUGCUCGGGAACGUCCGGCACUUCCGGUAUGUCUUCCUCGUCGUCCAACAGCGGCACCGGUGGGGACAGCGCAUCGUCGUCCUCGCAGCCACAUCACCAGCACCACCACAACAAGCACUGUAGCAGCAGCAAUGGUUCAUGUUCCAGCGGGUGUCUGGGAGCGAUCCCUCGAAAUCCUGCCUACCAGCAUCAUCACAGAAAAGGACAAUAUUACUCUAAGAAUCGCAUUCCGGAGAUGCCAAAUCGUUUACCGCCUAUAAUCGAAUUUAAAAGCCCGGUCAGACAUCGGACGCCCUCGCCUGCCAAUCCGGGUGCCAGAUUCAAAUAUUACACCCAACCCGGGAAACCAUCCGAUCCGGUAGUAGAAUCGAUACCUCUGCUGAGCAUCGAAAAGAGCUCCAAACCCGGCCCGACCAAGUUGGGACUGAACGGAAAAAUCGCUCCAACGGCUUCCAAAUCUCCAAUCAACAAAACCAACAUGGCUACCGGGAAACCAGUCACAACCUCACUGAUAACGGCCGUCAGUUCAACGCCUAAGGCACGAGUGGUUUCGACAGCAGCGUCCGCCAGCAGUAGUCAUUCCAUUGCCAGCAGUAGUAAAAGUAGCAAUAGCAACACUAACAAUAGCAAAUCCAACAAUAGUAAUCACAACACCAAACAAGACGAAAAAUAUGACAAUAAGAAAAAUGAGACGAUCGAAAAAAAGAAAAAAGAGGAAAAGUCCAAACUCAAAGCAGAAAAAGAGGCCCGGAAGGAAGAGAAACGAUUGGCAAAAGAGGAAGAAAAGCUUGCGAAGAUGCUGGCCAAGGAGGAGAAGAAACGCGGAAAGAGAGAGGCGAAAGAGGCCCUCCUGGCCAAUGAGGGUGGCUACCGGAAAUAGGACAGCCCUCGCUGGAGGAACUUUUUCGCAAGGAGUUGAAUCCUCUUGAAAACGGUUCGUCCAGUAGUCACCGUUGUAAAUACUCUAAUUUAAACCCGAAAAAACGACACGCUUAUCAAGUUGCGGUAGAUCGUAGAUUGACAUUCUAAAGUACAAGAAAACAGCAGAAGUUGUAUUAUGUCACUCAGAGCAUUUAGGUUGUGCGUUCAUUUAGACCGCUUCUGGACUAUCAAUUUCAAUGUUCAAACGGCUUUGUAUUGUUAUACCUAAGUAAUAACCACUAAGGUCACCUCAAAACUGCACAGUUUCUUAACAACUCUCACCUUGAUUUUAUAAUUCAGAUUUCAAAGAACAGUAACCCUAUUGAGAAACCGACGAUUCGUGUAGCAUCAGUUUUGGGGAAGCCCUAAACCACAGAUAAACAGACGUAACACUGACUAAAAUUCCCUUAGAUCACGCUUUAAACAAUUAUGUUUGACGUUUCACACUAGCCCCUUCCCCUGGCAUUGUUGCAUAUACUUGUAUUGCGUGCAACAUGGCCACCAGACAAUGACUGUGUCCUACUUAAAAUGAUGGUUUCCAAAGUAAAUAGUUCUGAAUGUAACGUCUGUUUGUCUGUACUUAAAAACCAUGAACCUUGUAAUUGAUAGUGUUGAAGUGCCCUCAGCAUCUUAAUUACGAAAAAAACAUAUCAAUCAUGACAGCUUCCUUUACAAUGUUUGCGUACUUCCACUCAAAGUGGUUCCAAAACAAUACAUUUAGUGAACACUUCUUCGAAAGAAACCUAUAAACUUUAAUCAAUGUUGCCAAUUAUCCGAACACGAAAAACGAACACAAUUAUGCCAAGCACUCCUAAAAAAGUCAACUUAUUAUACCCCCCUCCCACUAGAAUGUCAAACCAAUCAACUUCCACGAGUACAUACACAUACAUUUUAGAUUGAUUUUAUUUUGUAGUGUCCUUUUGAAGGGAGAGAGAGAAUUCCCUUUUGUUUUUUCACUCCUACACAUUGUUAUCGUUAUUGAAAGAUUUUAAACCCAUGUUCCCUUGCCCACCUGAAAUCUGAUCCUGAUCAUCACUGUUAGUGUCAUCGAAACCGCCGUGAACAUACAUAUUGAACUGUAGCUAUAAAACACACUAAGUAUUUUAAAACACAUGCAUCAUCGGAAUAUCCUUCAUUGUGAUUAUGGUUAAAAUGGUUCCCAUACAAAUAACAAUUUCUCUCAAUGAUCAUCGCGAUCAUUUAACGAUCGUAGGAGUUAGGCAGUAUACAUGCGCCUAAAUUUAUGUUUGAACUCAAUACGGCUGGAAUGAUUCACCACAAACGUGGUGAAUAUUAUUCGAAUGCAGGCAUAUCUUGCUAACCACAAUAUAACGAUUGAAAUAUGAUUUGACAAAAUGUUAUUGCUCAACUACAGUAAAAACUCGCUAGGUGCGCGUCUAUUUGAGUGUUUUGUUCCAGAGGGUUUUCAAGAAUCUUCUGUAGAAUUUUCAAAAAUUCCGUAAAGAACCAAGUUCAUCAAGGGUUUCUCGAAUAACCCUGCACCCUACCGUCCAAUGCAAAACAUAAACCUCUCAUAGCUGAAUUUUGAUCAUGCUUGAGCUUCUAUUCGACAAUGUAUACCGGGUACCCCC